AUGGCCGCCAAGAGCUUCGCUUCCCGCCUCCGAGGCUCCCGGCGAUUCCUGCGCGGCUUCGUGGUCGGGGCUGCCGUGGGCGCCGCCGCGGGAGCGGGGCUGACGGCCUGGCACCUCUCCCGGCGUCCGGGGGCCCCGGCAGCGGCGGCAGCGGGGGAGCCGAGCGGAUCUACAGAAACAGCUGUGUUAGAACAAUUUGGAUUCCCGUUAGCUGGAACAGAGACCAGAUGUUACACAAAUCACGCCCUGUCCUAUGACCAGACAAAACGAGUCCCUCGAUGGGUCCUUGAACACAUUUCCAAAAACAAGAUUACAGGGGAUGCAGACAGAAAGCAUUGCAAAUUCCAGCCGGAUCCCAGGAUUCCUCCGGCCUUUAGCGCCCACAAUGAAGACUAUCUUGGAAGUGGCUGGUCUAGAGGCCAUAUGGCUCCAGCUGGAAAUAACAAAUUUUCAAGUAAAGCCAUGGCUGAAACCUUUUACCUUUCUAAUAUUGUGCCUCAGAAUUAUGAAAAUAAUUCUGGGUAUUGGAAUAGAAUAGAAAUGUAUUGCCGGGAACUGACAGAGCGCUUCGAGGAUGUGUGGGUAGUGUCUGGACCUCUGACCUUACCUGAGACUAGAAAUGAUGGCAAGAAGACUGUGAGUUACCAGGUGAUAGGCUCAGACAAUGUGGCCGUGCCCUCGCAUCUUUACAAAGUGAUCCUGGCCCGCAGGAGCCCCGGGUCCCCCGAGCCCUUGGCCCUGGGGGCUUUUGUGGUGCCCAACGAAGCCAUCGGCUUCCAGCCCCCAUUGGCGGACUUCCAGGUGAGCCUGCGGGAUCUGGAGGCGCUGUCGGGCCUGGUGUUCUUCCCCCGUGUGGACCGGACACGGGAGAUCCAGGACCUCUGCUCCGUGGACAGCUGCAAACUCAUGGACUUCCAGGACUUCACGCUGUACCUGAGCACCCGGAAGGUGGACAGCGCCCGCUCACUGCCCCGGCUGGAGAAGAUUCUGGAAAACCUGAAGGAUGCGGGCAUCGAACCCGAUGCCUAUUUUAUGAGUCACUACAUGAAAAAGCUUAAAGAACUGAUGGCUAAGGAGCAGCCAGGCACCCGGGUGGGGAAAUCCUCCUAGAUGAGUUGCUUUUGUAAGUUUUGGAUGUGUGUGCCCAGUACCAGAACUUGAACUCAGGGUCUGGCCACUCUCCCUUAGCUAUUUUCUUUUCUCUUUUUCUUUUG